AAUGUGAAUGCUGAGGGUGGCGUUUAUGGCAAUGCACUACAAGCAGCUGCAGCAAAGGGAGAUGAAUCGGUUGUGCGAAUUCUCCUCGAGCGUGGGGCAGAUGUGAAUGCUCAGGGUGGC